AUGUUAGCAAGUAAUGAACCUAUGAUGGAGGCUCGGAAUGUGGACGAACAAGCAAAUGGAGAGGAAGAUGAAUUUUUGGAUGAAGAAAUGAUGUCUAUUAUCAAUCAAACAAAUUCUCUCGUACUGAAUCAAGAGGAAAAGGAGAAUAAUGAACAAACAUCGAAUUUUACAUUUCCGAAGGGAGUUUUAAAACAAGAUAAACCUCUUGUGGAUUGUACUGAGGAAGAACAAACUGAAAUUAAUGGCUUUUUCCGAAAUACAAAAUUUAUUGCUGAUACAAGUAUUUCAAAAAUUGCCAAACAUAUCAGAUUACUGGGAUAUGAUUGUAUUAGUGAUCCAUCCUAUUCCACGAAUUAUAUUAUUUAUAAAGCUAGAUCAGAGAAUAGAAUAAUAGUUACUGGAUCUGCUUCUUUGGCUUCAAAAAUUAAGAGUGAAAACAAGGGAACUAAACCAAAAGUGAAAGAUUAUUAUGAUAGUGACGAGGAAGAAAAUGAAGAAAAUUCGAAUAAUGAGGAAACAAAACAAAUUCGAUAUCUUUUCAUUGAUUCAAGAAAAGUUGAGUUUCAUGACUCAAUUUCAGAUAUUGUAAAAUCAUUCCACCUCAUGUUUCAUCCAGCAAAAAUUUACACCAGAUGUUUGAAAUGCAACGAUCCUGUACAGUGUAUCAAAGCAACUACUGAAGAAGAAAUUCAAGAAUUGACCAAAAUUAUGGGAGGAAAACGAAUUUAUGAUCUGUACGGUCAAACAGUCACAAAAUGUCCAACUUGCAAAAAAUUCUUUUGGGAAGGUCAUUAUUUCCAACGUUGUGUUAAAUUUGCACUUCAAUAUUCGUAUUCGAAUAGGAAACCAUCCAAUGAUUCAAAUUCUGAUAAAUAA